GGGGAGAUGGACUUGAAGUUCCCCGUGGGGAGCAGGGGGGUCUCUCCGCUUCCGGCCCCCCAACCUGGCAGCUGUGCCAGGGACCCUGCCGGGCCCCCAGGGGCGCCCAGGCCUCCCCAGGCCCCCGGUGCCACCCCGGCCCUCUGGUUCUCGGGGCCCGGGCAGAACACGUGCAGCCUCUUGCUCGGAAACAGUUAGCCCUUCAACGUGGCGGCGGCAGGCAUCACACGGAGCCGGGGCUCCGGGGCCCUCCUCUGUCCCCUGACCGGCAGGGACCAGCCCCCGAGGGUGGCAGUGCCGGCCGGGGCUCCUCCCCUCUGAAUGUUCGGGGGUUGGGUCGGCUCUGGGAGGGGGGCUGCCUGGGCCAGCCCAUCAUGGUGGGGGCAUUGAGUGAGGAUCACGUGUGUGUGUGUGGGGGGGAGGGUCCCCUCAGGACCACAGGGGGCUCCUGCCUGUCCCCCCGGCAUGCUCGGCCCCCGGCUGGUGGAGGCUUUGGCCGGAUGGGUGCUUGCUUACUCCUGGAGGGGGCAGCCUGGGCUGAGCCCCUAAGGGAGCAGGGUGGCAGGCUAUUGUGGGUAAAGAGGGGGAGACCCUGACUGCAGGAGAUGAGCCCCUCAGCUGUGGGUGCGACCCGCAGGGAGGGAGGCCAGGAGAGGCGGAACCAGAGGGUGGGUCGCCGGUGGGGCUGGGGACUCAGGGUGCCCCGUCGUGGGGUCAGCCCCCAGCUUGGAAUCCUGGGCCCCUGCUGAGGGAGGAGCCGGCCUGGCCAGGUGCGCUCCCCCUCCCCAGGGGCCCCCAACCCCGGCCCCAGGCAGGCGCUGCGCUGGCCCACCCUCCUCUCUCCCCCCCUCGCCUAAGGGUGGCAGGUAGGCAGGUCGGGGCCGGCGGCUGCUGAGUCAGCCUGCGAGGAAUGUUCUGGCCGCGCCCAGCUACACCCUGUGCCUGCCUGCCCCCGCCCCCCCUCCCCCUCAGGUGCUCUGGCCCCGCGCCUGCCGUGCCAGGAACGCACCCGCAGCCCCGGCUUGCCGAGACCGGCUCGCACCGGCACCUGGCCCCCCUGCUCCCCCUGCCUGUUCGCCCCGUGACCCCAGCGGAGCCCCGGCCCUGCAAGCCCCCUCCACCGUGUUCCCAGGUCACGCGGGGGCCGGGGCUCACGUGUGUGAACAUUUUCCCUGAGUGACAAGCAAACCACAGGGGCCUGAGGUCGGGGGGGGGAUGACACAGGACCCCGGGUGACGACCCCCCAAGCAGGGCCCUGGGCCAGGGCAAAGGGACUGGGACCAGGGGGGCUUCCUGUAGGAGGAGGCCCUGCCGUGGCGGUUGGGGGGCUCUGCAGGGAAGGCCGGUGAGCGCAGGACCCAGGCUGCUUAGGCCCGGCCUGCUGGGCCAGGGCUGGGGGCUGCACAGGGGCCGGGAGGUAGGCCUGUGGCUGGGAAGCUGGCACUUUGGCCAAAGCCCAGAGCCUCCCUCCCCUCGGCUCUGCUCAGAGCCACCGUCCCGGCUGCCCCCAGCCCAGGCAGACCCCAGCGGGCUGCCGUGGGGUGGGCGGGAUGGCGGGCAGGGGCCUGAGGGGCCAUCCCCUCCAGUGAUGCGGCCCCCCCGGCUGUCUCCCCUCAGCCAGCAGAGCGGGGAGAUGGGGCGCCCCCCAGAGCCCCACGGCGCCCCGGCCCCGGUGGGGACUGCAGCUGCGGGGGGCACCACGGGCGUACCCGGGCCGGUCCCGGGCCUCGUCGACUGGACAGCCUGGCCCCGCUGGGCACUCGUGGCCGUUGCUGUCGCCACCGGCGUCCUCGCGGUGUCCUGCCUCCUCUGUGCCCUGUGCUGCUGCCGCCGCCGGCGCCGCAGGAGGAAGCCCGGGGACCAGGAGGCCGUGGGGCUGGGCAGUGCCCGGAGCAGCACCACCACCCACCUGGUGCAGCCGGAGGUGGACGGCGGGGAGUCCGGCCCGGGGGGAGCCCCGCAGUGGGGGCGCCUGCAGCUGUCCCUGGAAUAUGACUCCGGGAGCCAGGAGGUCAGGGUGGGCCUCAAGCAGGCGGCGGACCUGAGGGCCAGGGGCCCCGGCCGCACGGCAGACCCCUACGCCCGCGUCAGCCUGUCCCCCCGGGCCGGGCGCGCUCACGAGACCAAGGUGCACCAUGGCACGCUGUGCCCGCUGUUUGACGAGACCUGCUGCUUCCCCGUCCCGCCGCAGGACCUGCCCCGGACCACGCUGCGGGUACAGGUGCUGGACUUCCGGCGUUUCUCGCGGCACGAGCCCCUGGGCGAGCUCCGCCUGCCGCUGGGCACCGCCGGUCUGCCGCACGUCCUGGAGCUCUGGCACCAGCUGGGCCCGCCGGGUGCCGUCGAGGCUGAGCCGGCGGGGGAGCUGUGCAUCUCGCUCCGGUACGUGCCCAGCGCAGGCCGGCUGACCGUGGUGGUGCUGGAGGCCCGAGGCCUGAGCCCGGGGCUGGCAGAGCCCUACGUGAAGCUGCAGCUGGCGCGGAGCCGGAGGAAGUGGACGUCGAGGAAGACCUCUGCCAGGGGGGGCACGGCCGCCCCAUACUUCAACGAGGCCUUCACCUUCCUCGUGCCGGUCAGCCAGAUCCAGGUGGGCUGCCCGCAGGGGAGGGCGGGCGGGCGCUCCUCCGGGGCCAAGCUGACCGCUGCCUGUGUCCUCCCCCUCCGCCCCUCUGCCUGCCCCUGCCCAGAGCGUGGACCUGGUGCUGGCCGUCUGGGCUCGGGGCCCGCGGCUCCGGGCCGAGCCCGUGGGCAAGGUGGCGCUGGGUGCCCGGGCCUCUGGCCAGCCCCUGCAGCACUGGGCGGACAUGCUGACCCACGCCCGGCGGCCCAUCGCCCAGUGGCACCGCCUGCGGCCCCCCGGGGAGGUGGACGAGGCUCUGGCCCUGCGGCCCCGUCUGCGCCUGCCCUUGCCCGGCUCCUGAAGGCACCCCGGCACCCCAGCUCCCCCAGACUGACCUGUAGGCGCCUGUCCGGGCCGCCCUGGGGCCACCGCAAUAAAUGCUCGCUCCCACCCCGCCUUGCCUCCUGUCCUUCCUGCGCCCUCGGGGACACAGUAAGAUGGGGGCCCCCACCAAGGGGGGAGGCCUCCUCCCCACACUUGUCCAGGCCCUGAGGCCCCUGAGCAAUGCCUGACCCGUGGGUGCAGAGAAGGGGGCCCCUCAAAGCCCAAAGAGGACAACAUGAGGAGGUGGGGGGCCCUCCCCCCCCGGGGGGCUGCAGUGUCGGUGACGGGGGGAGGGGAUUGGGCUAGAGGCCGCCCCGCAGGCACAUGGUGGGCUGUCAGGAAACACUUUGGGGGGGGCGAUGGUAGAAAGAAUGGGCCCCAACCCCAGGGGCUGCCACAGCCCAGGUCAAAGCCCUCAAACCUCUCAAACCUCAGGGCGGGCGCCCGCAGGGCCUCCCGUGUGAGCAGCAGGGGGCAGCAGAUGCCUGCGGAAGACGCUGGGGGCUGGGGGAGGGGGGCCCGGCCUGGCGGGAAGAAUGGGGCGGCUCUGGCCCCGCUAACCGGGAGGCCCCGCUCCCCUGGAGCCCCCCCGAGGCCCAGACACCCCUCGCUCGCACGGAGGGUGCCAAGUCAGGGCCCUCCACAUGCCUGCGCUGGGUGGGGGCCGCGGGGCCCCGGCCCCUCGGGUCAGGGAGGGUCCCGGCAGGGCCUCCUCGUCCUGGAGGGGAGGACGUGUUCUGAGUCGUGUAGGAACAGCCCUCGGGUGGGGCGUCCCGUUGGCGGCACGUCCAGGGCGUCCCCCGCCUGCUCCUGGGUGGGCAGGCGGCGGCACACCCCAACCCCCGGGACCCCUGGCUCUCCUGUGGUCCCAGAGGCCCCGUUGGGGGGGGUCCAGGCCUCGCUCUGGAACUGGCUCGGAGAAAGGAGGGGCACAGCCAGCUUGUGGCAGAGACCCCCACCCCCGGGCUGAAAGGGAAAGGAGGGGCUGCAGGGGAGGUGGCUGCCGUCCCUGGGUGGACACU